UCCCAAGUAUACCUGGAGAUUUUACACACGAAUAAAAACUAUGUCUGUACUGAGAAGACCUGACGGAACCAUGACAGGUACUGAGUGAAGAAUUAAUAACGGAAUAUCAAGAAAAGAACACUGCGUGUGUUCCGGAGGCAUUCGCAGUUCGAGUGAGCACCUUUUGGUUCGGAGCGCACACGUACGCACGCAUCUGAGCAGCGAUGGGCGCUUGGACGCUGCUGCUGUGCCUACUCGCCAUUGUCAGAGGCACUCUGGGGGCGGAUACUGAAGAGCGGCUGGUGGAGUACCUGCUAAACCCCGCCCACUAUAACAAACUGAUCCGCCCAGCGACCAAUGGUUCUGAGCUGGUGACAGUUCAGCUGAUGGUGUCACUGGCCCAGCUCAUCAGUGUGCAUGAGAGAGAGCAGGUCAUGACCACCAACGUAUGGCUCACACAGGAAUGGCAGGACUACCGUCUGACUUGGGUCCCUGAAGAGUUUGAUGGCAUGGAGAAGGUCAGACUGCCUUCCAAACACAUCUGGCUGCCCGACGUUGUGCUGUAUAACAAUGCUGACGGAAUGUACGAGGUCUCCUUCUACUCCAACGCGGUGGUCUCCCAUGACGGCAGUAUCUUCUGGCUGCCUCCAGCCAUCUACAAGUCAGCCUGUAAGAUCGAGGUCAAACACUUCCCCUUCGACCAGCAGAACUGCACCAUGAGGUUCCGCUCCUGGACCUACGACCGCACAGAGAUCGACCUGAUCCUGAGGUCCGACGUGGCCAGCAUGGACGACUUCACACCCAGCGGAGAGUGGGACAUCAUCGCCCUGCCGGGGCGCCGCAACGAGAACCCUGCCGACCCCACCUACGUAGACAUCACCUAUGACUUCAUCAUCCGCAGGAAACCUCUGUUCUACACCAUCAACCUCAUCAUCCCCUGUGUCCUCAUCACCUCUCUGGCUAUCUUAGUGUUCUAUCUGCCCUCUGACUGUGGAGAGAAGAUGACCCUGUGUAUCUCUGUCCUGCUGGCCCUCACAGUGUUCCUCCUGCUGAUCUCUAAGAUCGUCCCCCCCACCUCCCUGGACGUUCCUCUGGUCGGGAAGUACCUGAUGUUCACCAUGGUCCUGGUGACCUUCUCUAUUGUCACCAGUGUGUGUGUUCUCAACGUGCACCACCGCUCACCCACCACACACACCAUGCCCCCCUGGGUCAAGCUGGUGUUCCUCAACAAAUUGCCUGCGCUGCUCUUCAUGCGCCAGCCCCAGAACAGCUGCGAGCGUCAGAAGCUGCGCCAGCGACGGAGGGGCCAGGAGCAGAGGGAGGGGGGCAGGGAUGGGGGCUCUGCCGGGGGGCUGAUGGUGGGCCUGGGGCUGGGGGGCGGAGGGGGUGGCACGGCUAACAACGAACCCUGUACGUGUUACGUGAACCGGGCGUCGGUGAAACAGUUUGUAGGGGAGCUGGGAGGGGGCACGGGGGGAGUAGGGUCGAUGGAGGGGCUGAACGGGCUGAGGGAAGACAGGGAGGGGGGGCAGGGGAACCGGCCCAGGGGGAAACAGGUAGGAGGGGGCCCAGCCCUGACCCAGGCCGUGCUAGGACAAGCCUGCCCUGGGUUGGAGGAGGCUGUCGACGGGGUCCGCUUCAUCGCCAACCACAUGAAGACUGAAGACGACGACCAGAGUGUGAGCGAGGACUGGAAGUAUGUUGCCAUGGUGAUCGACCGUCUCUUCCUGUGGAUCUUUAUAAUUGUGUGUGUGUCCGGAACGGUCGGGAUGUUCCUCCAGCCACUGUUCCAGAACUACACUGCCAAGACCAUCACCAACACCAAUGGCUGACCAACCAGGUUCCCAGCAGCAUCGAUGGACACCGCCCCGACCCAAUCAGCACAGCAGGACAGGGGCAGGAGGGAGUUUUAUUAAGUCUGUGGAACUAAAUUGGACAGGAGCCACACCUGUUAACCUUUAUAGCCUUUCUACUGAACUGUUCUGAACUGAAGAACUAAACUUAACACCAACAUCGUAUUAAAGAUUUUUUUCCAGAGGGAUAAAUGGAUGGACAACUCUUCCCUUUAUCCCAGAGGAAGGUGGAGUUAUGCCUCUCCCCUCUCCCUCUGAGUGACAAGCGGCAGGAUCCAAUCAGGGAGAGAGGACAAUCUCUAAAUUGUUUGACAUCCUGUAGAACGCUACGCCAGCCAAUCAAUGCUCUUCAUUCCAAGCUGACUGUGCAAGCUUACUGAGAGUAUAUUGUCGCACUUUAACUGGUACAGAACUUAAUGCUUCAGUAACAGAACCUUGAUUGGAAACUGUGUCAACCAAUCAGAAAAAUGUAAAGGCAAUUGUUUUUCCAAGCCACUUCUGUUAAGCCAACUGAUAGUACAGUACAGUAUAUUUUACCAUAGCAUAGCAGUGUACCACAGUAUAGCUUUAAAUAUAAUGUUAUUGCGAUUUCUCUGUGUCUGUUCCUGAGAGAAAGGUAGGGUGCAGUGGUUUGUUGUAUGAUUUCUCUGUGUCUGUUCCUCAGAGAAAGGUAGGGUGCAGUGGUUUGUUGUAUGAUUUCUCUGUGUCUGUUCCUCAGAGAAAGGUAGGGUGCAGUGGUUUGUUGUAUGAUUUCUCUGUGUCUGUUCCUCAGAGAAAGGUAGGGUGCAGUGGUUUGUUGUAUGAUUUCUCUGUGUCUGUUCCUGAGAGAAAGGUAGGGUGCAGUGGUUUGUUGUAUGAUUUCUCUGUGUCUGUUCCUCAGAGAAAGGUAGGGUGCAGUGGUUUGUUGUAUGAUUUCUCUGUGUCUGUUCAUCAGAGAAAGGUAGGGUGCAGUGGUUUGUUGUAUGAUUUCUCUGUGUCUGUUCCUCAGAGAAAGGUAGGGUGCAGUGGUUUGUUGUAUGAUUUCUCUGUGUCUGUUCCUGAGAGAAAGGUAGGGUGCAGUGGUUUGUUGUAUGAUUUCUCUGUGUCUGUUCCUCAGAGAAAGGUAGGGUGCAGUGGUUUGUUGUAUGAUUUCUCUGUGUCUGUUCCUCAGAGAAAGGUAGGGUGCAGUGGUUUGUUGUAUGAUUUCUCUGUGUCUGUUCCUCAGAGAAAGGUAGGGUGCAGUGGUUUGUUGUAUGAUUUCUCUGUGUCUGUUCCUCAGAGAAAGGUAGGGUGCAGUGGUUUGUUGUAUGAUUUCUCUGUGUCUGUUCCUGAGAGAAAGGUAGGGUGCAGUGGUUUGUUGUAUGAUUUCUCUGUGUCUGUUCCUCAGAGAAAGGUAGGGUGCAGUGGUUUGUUGUAUGAUUUCUCUGUGUCUGUUCCUGAGAGAAAGGUAGGGUGCAGUGGUUUGUUGUAUGAUUUCUCUGUGUCUGUUCCUCAGAGAAAGGUAGGGUGCAGUGGUUUGUUGUAUGAUUUCUCUGUGUCUGUUCCUCAGAGAAAGGUAGGGUGCAGUGGUUUGUUGUAUGAUUUCUCUGUGUCUGUUCCUCAGAGAAAGGUAGGGUGCAGUGGUUUGUUGUAUGAUUUCUCUGUGUCUGUUCCUCAGAGAAAGGUAGGGUGCAGUGGUUUGUUGUAUGAUUUCUCUGUGUCUGUUCCUGAGAGAAAGGUAGGGUGCAGUGGUUUGUUGUAUGAUUUCUCUGUGUCUGUUCCUGAGAGAAAGGUAGGGUGCAGUGGUUUGUUGUAUGAUUCUAAGCCCUUUUAAACUAGAAUGUGAUAUUACCUGUACUACACAGCCUGUGACGUGCACACUAACACUAUAUGAGGAGAAGAGACAGAUCGUGAAGGAGAGAGAUGAAAGAGAGAGAGGGAUAUUGACAGAGAGUUAGAUGGAAUGAGAUGAAGUAGUGAUAGUGAAUCCCAAACCGCCCCCUCGCCAAUACCAACUCCCUCCGUUGUCACGUGUUGCUGACGAAGCUCCGAGGGUGACUUCCAGAGAGUGGCGAUGGGAUCAAUAAACCCACCGGGACCAGUCUCUGAAUCAGACAUAAACACAUGCACGUGGUAUAUAAUUAGACAUGCCUCUCCAUUUUUUUACAAUUCAAUUGCGCUAACUUCAGACAUAUAGCAGUGAGUGUCGGGAUAGUACGUCGCUCUGAAGCCUGCAUCCGUGCUGGCUAGGUCGAAGUGGCUAUAGGAGGAUCUAAUUAGCCCCUGCACCCCCAUAAUAUUCACUCCCUCAGCUUUAGUACACUUGUGCAAAUGGCAGAGGUGGAGAGGCAGGGGGUGAAGGGGCAGGGGGUGAUUUGGGAUUCAACCUUAGAGGGGCAGCAGGGUAGCCUAGUGGUUAGAGCAUUGGACUAGUAAGUGAAAGGUUGCAAGAUCAAAUCCCCGAGCUGACAAGGUACAAAAUCUGUCGUUCUGCCCUUGAACAGGCAGUUAACCCACUGUUCCUAGGCCGUCAUUGAAAAUAAGAAUUUGUUCUUAACUGACUUGCCUAGUAAAAUAAAUAAACACAUUUUUUUUGAUAAAGGUGAAGGAUGUCUGCGUACACAGCUCUAUUGGGAUAAUAGCAGCUUGUGCCAUAGGGUACAGUUGCAAGGGUAUGAGUCUAGAUUCAGUAAGUUCCUGGGAAACUGAGAUUGGGUUGAGCCAAGAUGGAGUAAAUUCCCUCUUUUUACAGUAUUUUUUUAUUUAUUUAACAUUUAUUUAACUAGGCAAGUCAGUUAAAGAACAAAUUCUUAUGUUCAAUGACGGCCUAGGAACAGUGGGUUGUUCAGGGGCAGAACGACAGAUUAGUACCUUGUCAGCUCAGUUGAGCCAUGAUUGCACAAAAUUGGGUGGUCGAAUAUAGAACUGACAGAUGAUAUGUAUUGUUGGAAUAAGGAUGUUUUCUCACGAAAUGUAAGCUAUUGUGUGUUAUGAAUGUUUGCACAAAUGUUAAUUUCUGUCAUCACUGUGAUUCUCAUUAUCAGAGUAAGACAGUGUCUCACUCUGUCCUCUCUUCCUUUCCUCCCUCUCUCAUCCCCCCUUCCCCCUCCUGUCCUCCCCUCCUUCCCCCUCCUGUCCUCCCCUCCUUCCCCCUCCUGUCCUCUCCUUCUUCCCCCUCCUGUCCUCUCCUCCUGUCCUUCCCUCCUUCCCCUUCUCUCCUCCUUCCCCCUCCUGCCCUCUCCUCCUUCCCCCUCUCUCCUCCCCUCCUGUCCUCCCCUCCUUCUCCCUCGCUCCUCUCCUCCGUCCCCCUCCUUUCCCUCACCUGUCCUCUCCUCCUUCCCCCUCCUGUCCUCUCCUCCUUCCCCCUCCUGUCUUCUCCUCCUGUCCUUCCCUCCUUCCCCCUCUCUCCUCUCCUCCUUCCCCCUCCUGUCCUCCCUCUCUCAGAUUGUGUUGUGCUCUGUAGCUGACUCUCUCCUCUCCUCCUUUCCCCUCCUGUCCUCUCCUCCUUCCCCCUCCUGUCCUCUCCUCCUGUCCUUCCCUGUUUCCCCUUCGCUCCUCUCCUCCUUCCCCCUCCUGUCCUCCCUCUCUCAGAUUGUGUUGUGUUCUGUAGCUGACUCUCUCCUCUCCUCCUUCCGCCUCCUGUCCUCCCUCUCUCAGAUUGUGUUGUGCUCUGUAGCUGACUCUCUCCAGUGUGUAAUGCUGUAUUAUUAUUAUUGUCAGAACACAAGUCACCUAUAGUUAUUACAGUAAUGGGCCAGGUUAAUUUACUUAAUGUCCGAUGUGUGUGUGUGCACUCAUUGCCCACUGCAUUACCAUAUCUGUCCGACGCAAUGUGCAAGAGAGCUUACUUCCCUGGAGAGAGAGAGAGAGAGAGAGACCAGCCAAGUGUUAACUGCCAUCCUGAGUGAUCCCCUUCCAUGACCUUGCGUCACUCUGUGGGACACAGGCUUUUCACAGUGGGGUAGUCCAGGAGAGCCCCAGGAGUGUGUAAAGUCUAUCAGAGAGCUGUGGAGUCCUGUGGAGUGGAAUCCUCUCUUUCCCUUCAGGACCUGGCUGUAGAGGUGUGAAGCAAACAGAGUGGUGUCCAUCCCCUCCCUCCUCCCCAUUUCUCCACCCUUCUCUUUUUCUUCCUUCUCUCCCCUUCAUUCCCUUGUUCUCUCUCUCCUCUGUCCCUCUCUCUUUGUCUCUGUGUGUUUCUCCAUUCCCCACUCAGAGGAGAGCGUUGUCCUCCAAUAACCGCUCACAGCUUUGUUCCUGUGCAAUAAAGGUUGUAGGUUCAGUUCAA